CUUGUUCCAUCGUGACGUCUGACAGAGCAUACUGUCGAUUCCACGUCCUCUCUCUUGAACCCUAGUACCCAAUUCUUUAAGGAUCUUCCUAGCACUAUCAACGUUGAUGUUGGAUUGCAGGCUUUCUGCUCCUUGUGCUAUUGCAUUAGCUCUCUUCUUGAGACCUCCGAGUAAUAGUAGUAGUAUUUUAUAUUGCUACAAGCCGUUAGCCUCAUCGCCGAUAGACGACUCGUGAUUGCUUUCUUUUGAGCCAUUUCAAUUUUAAAGGAAAAAAAAGAGAGAGAGAGAGAGAAGGAAAGGAUUGCUGUAUAAAACACAGUCCAUUAUGUCGAUCGAAGUCAGACCAUUGACCCUGGAGGAUAUCCCUGGCGCAAUUGAGUGCGUUCAGAGGGCCUUUGAGGAUGACCCAUAUUUCCGCUGGGUGUUUGACCCUGCCAAGUUCUCCAAGGAAAGAAAUACCGCAUCCCUAAGGAACCGUUGCCUCUGGGGCAUCAACAAUGGCCUGUUCUAUGUUGCCCGAGAGAGACUCCCACAAGGCAACGGCCAGAACGGGUCCGAAAAAUCGCCAUCGUACCGUGUGGUCGGCGUGUCUAUGUGGCUCAAGCCACAUGUCGCUGGACAGAGUGAGAGCUGGCCUUCACGCUUCCAAGAUUGGCUCCUCAGCUUUCGUCAGUUGGUCACCAACGUCCAGUUUGGGGGUCGCGGCGGACUCCUGGUUCGUCGAUACUGGAUCUACAAAGAUUCCCAGUUCAAAGCAGAACAGAAAUUCUUGACUGAUCCUCAGGGAUAUUAUCACUGCAACAUAGUCGCAGUCCUGCCAGGGAUGCACGGGAAGGGAAUAGGGAAGAAGUUGGUAGAAAUCGUUACGGAUCAAGCUGAUAAAGAAGGCAUGGGGUGUUACCUGGAGAGCUCGAAGGCCGAACCCAAUGUCAAAAUUUAUGAACGCAUGGGCUUCAAGGUUGUUGGAGAUUUGGAUUGCAAUGAUAAUGGGGCGCAGUGCAAGUUGUUCUGCAUGACCCGCGAUCCAAAGCCGCUGAUGACAAACGGCAAAGCGGAGUGAAUAUUAAGCCGAGAAGCACCGAGACCAAGGACAACAAGACAUUAGUUAUUGGAGAGAUAAGUUAGCUGAACUCCCAUUGAUUCUCCCCGUAAUUAGUUGUUUUUGUGGGCGUACAUUUCGGUUGUGGGCGACAUGUUCACGUUUCAACCUGCAUGAGCAUUUCGGUUGGAGGCUUUCCACCAGCAUAGUGUUUGCCUUUGAGCAUUUGAGCAAC